UUCAAUUCUCUGGAUUUUGUUGGAAAUAAAAAGAAGAGAGAAAUCGAUUACGAAGCCAUGCUCAAGUGACGUCGUUUGAGACUAUCCGACAUCUAUAAAUAAAGUGGCUUAACAAGUUCUCUUCUUCACACUCUUAACGCUACUCUCUACGCUAACCUCUCUCUUCUUCGAAUAAGAAAGAAGAAAAAUAAAAGUUCAGAGCUUCUUGAUUUCAAGGUUGAUCUUUGAAGAUGGUUGUAGAGAACUCAAACAGUGUUGCUAUCGAUAGCGAACAAUUUGUUGAGGUUGAUCCGAGUGGACGGUUUGGGCGUUAUGAUGACCUACUUGGGUGUGGUGCUGUGAAGAGUGUUUAUAGGGGAUUUGAUCAGAAGGAAGGCAUUGAAGUUGCUUGGAAUCAGGUCUUGUUAAACAAAUUCAGCUAUGAUCUAACGCUCAUCAAUCGAAUUUACGCGGAGGUUGAGCUAUUGAGAACGUUGAAGAACAAGUACAUAAUUGUUUGUUACAGUGUGUGGAAGGAUGAUGAACGUAACAUCAUCAAUUUCAUUACUGAGGUGUGCACAUCAGGGAACUUGAGGAAUUACCGCAAGAAGCAUCGCUGUGUUUCGAUUAAAGCCUUGAAGAAAUGGUCCAAACAGGUGCUUGAGGGAUUGGAGUACCUCCAUAACCAUGACCCUUGCAUUAUUCACAGAGAUCUCAAUUGCAGCAACAUUUUUGUUAAUGGCAACACUGGCCAGAUAAAAAUUGGUGAUCUGGGCUUCGCAGCUAUAGUAGGCAAAAGCCACUCAGCGCAUUCUAUAUUGGGGACACCCGAGUACAUGGCACCAGAGUUGUACGACGAGGAUUACACAGAGAUGGUGGACAUAUACUCGUUUGGAAUGUGCUUGCUUGAGAUGGCUACCAUGGAAAUACCUUACAGCGAAUGUGACAGUGUUGCCAAGAUAUACAAGAAGGUGGUUGCUGGAAAAAAGCCACAAGCUUUGAACAAGGUUACUGAUCCAGAAAUGCAUGCAUUCAUUGAGAAGUGCCUUGCUCAGCCAGAGAUGAGACCUUCAGCCCCCGAUCUUCUCAAGGACCCUUUCUUUUCUGAACUCGACGAUGACAUGACCGAUGCUGCACCAGUUUUGUUGAGAUAUUCUAAUGAAUAGUGCAUCGGACUCCUUGUCUCACUCACUCUCUGCUGAUUCUUAGCUUUGAAACAUCUAUUCGUACAUAUGCACUAACAGUGUUGUUAGUAUUACCUAUUUCAGCUGGUUCAAUUUCAACUUCUGUAAUUGCAUUUCUUGGAAAUGCUACUACUAAGAAUAUUAAUUUCUUUUCUUGAAUAUCUUUCCAUGCUGCUAUAUAUGAAAGAUCUGAAGUUAUUUGGCUC